GCGCUGAGAAAGGCAGUUAAUGAACACAGAAGAAGCCGCGUGUCCUUCAUAACAGCAAACAUGGCGUCUGCCACUAAAAUCAUACAAAGGCUUCGAAAUUUUCUUUCAGGGCAUGACCUUCAGACUAAACUCCAACUGCGGUAUGACGAGAUAGCAAAAAGGACGCAGCCACCACCUAACUUGGCCGUUGGACCAAGCCACAAGUUUGCAGACAACUAUUAUUUCACCAGAGAUGGACGCAGAGAAUCCAUGCCCCCUACGGUUGUCAUGUCCUCACAGAAGGCGCUCACAGCCGGCAGCCAAGCUGUUGCGGUAACAAAGCCUCCAGUGACUCCCGGGGCGGUGUACAAGGAACCAGAACUCUCCACAGAUCAGCCAUACCUCUGAGCAUUAUCGACUUAGCCACCCCCAGAACUCCUCCUGCAGAAAGUACAAAAGACAUGUUAUAAAUAAAACUGAUGGUUAUGAAUUAUCUAA